AUGAAACAAAUCCAAGGGGACGAUGACGCCCAGCUGGCGGCCAUGGGCCACAAGGCCGAGCUGAAUCGCAAUUUCUCGAUGCUAUCAAUGUUGGGCUUAGCCUUUGCCAUUCUGAAUUCCUGGACUGCCCUCUCCGCCAGUUUAAACCUUAGUCUUCCGUCUGGAGGCCCGGUUAGUGUUGUCUGGGGUUUGGUGACGGCUGGUAUUUGUAACCUGAGCAUUGCGGCGUCUCUUGCCGAGUUUCUGUCCGCGUAUCCUACAGCUGGUGGGCAAUAUCAUUGGGUCGCAGUCUCGUGGGAAAACUGGAUCCCAAUUCUGUCAUGGGUCACUGGCUGGGUGAAUGUUUCUGGUUGGCUCGCUUUGACCGCCACCGGUGGACUGCUUGGUAGCAACCUGAUCAUCGGUAUUAUUUCAUUGCUCCACCCGACAUACGUUUUUCAACGCUGGCAUCAGUUCUUGUUGUACAUUGCCUACAACAUUGCUGGGUUCUUCGUCAAUGCUUUCAUGAACUCCGCACUUCCCCUGGCGACCAAGGGUGCAUUCAUCUGGUCGCUCACCGGAUUUGUUGUUAUCUCCAUCACAGUGCUCGCUUGCGCAUCGCCAAACUAUAGUUCCGGAAAAUUUGUGUUCGGAGACUUUAUCAACCAGACAGGCUGGCCUGAUGGUCUUUCUUGGUUGCUUGGAUUGCUGCAAGGUGGACUUGGUCUCACUGGAUUUGAUGGUGUCGCCCACAUGAUUGAAGAAAUCCCCAACCCCUCUAUCGUUGGCCCCAGGAUUAUGAUUGGCUGUGUUGUUAUUGGUAUCUCCACAGGCUUCAUCUUCCUGGUUGUACUACUUUUUGUUGCUGGUGAUAUCGACCUUGUCAUCAGCUCCACUGCAACCCCCCUGCUGCAGAUCUUCAAGAACGCAACCAACAGUAAUGCGGGAUCCAUUUGCCUUCUGAUGUUCCCACUUGUCUGUAUCUUAUUCGCCACGAUCACCAUUAUGACAACAAGUAGCCGAAUGAUCUACGCCUUCGCUAGAGAUGGUGGCCUUCCCGCUUCGCCAUUUUUCAGCACAAUCCACCCAAAGCUCAAGGUCCCCUUGAAUGGUCUGUACCUGACCAACUUCCUGGUAAUUGUCUUUGGCUGCAUUUUCCUUGGUUCUUCCAGUGCAUUCAACGCCAUUAUUUCAUCAUCUGUCGUUAUGCUUGACAUUUCAUACGGCAUUCCAAUUGCAGUCAACUGCCUUCGAGGCCGCAAUAUGCUGCCUGAAAGACCUUUUGUCCUUCCAAGUGCUCUCGGCUGGAUCGCUAAUAUCAUUGCCUUGUCGUAUAUUUCACUCACUACAGUGCUCUUCCUAUUCCCCCCUGGGAUUCCCGUUACCGGUAGCAGCAUGAACUACUGUGUCGCUGCCUUCGGUAUCAUCUUCAUCGUCUCAGCUUUACAGUGGGUCUUUGAUGGCCGGAAGAACUUUACCGGCCCAAGAUUCGACGAGAACGUCCUGGCGGAGAUUGACGGCAGGAGUACUUAUAGCUUGGAGCAGCAGACUGAGCAGGCUGUCAGUCAUAGCAAAUAA